GGGGCGCGGGCCUCGUGGGGAGGGUGUGCCCCGACUGGCCAAGAUGGCGCGGGGGCGGGACACGUGACUCUAGGCCCCGCCCCGGCCUCGUUAUCAGCAAGCGGCCCGGGACGCCAGGCAGCUGGCUGCCCGAGCCACACUGCAACCAUGCUCCGGGGAUCGGCGGGCGCCUGGGCCGUGCUCGGCCCUCUGCUCUGGGGCUGCGGACUGGCGCUGCUGCAGGGCGGGAUGCUCUAUCCCCGGGAGAGCCGGUCGCGGGAGCGCAAGGAGCUGGAUGGCCUCUGGAGCUUCCGCGCCGACUUCUCCGACAACCGGCGCCAGGGCUUCGAGCAGCAGUGGUACCGGGCGCCGCUGCGGGAGUCGGGCCCUACCCUGGACAUGCCGGUGCCGUCCAGCUUCAACGACGUGGGCCAGGAUGGGCAGCUGCGGAGUUUUGUUGGCUGGGUGUGGUAUGAACGGGAGCUCACCCUGCCCCAGCGGUGGACGGAAGACCUGGGCACGAGAGUGGUUCUGAGGAUCGGCAGCGCCCACUACUAUGCCAUCGUGUGGGUGAAUGGGGUCCACGUGGUCGAGCACGAGGGGGGCCAUCUCCCCUUCGAGGCUGACAUCAGCAAGCUGGUCCAGAGCGGGCCCCUGUCCUCCUGCCGCAUCACCAUCGCCAUCAACAACACGCUGUCCCCCCACACCCUGCCGCCUGGGACCAUCCUCUACAAGACGGACCCCUCCAUGUACCCCAAGGGUUACUUUGUCCAGAACACAAAGUUUGACUUCUUCAACUACGCGGGACUGCAUCGGUCUGUGGUCCUCUACACCACACCUACCACCUACAUCGAUGACAUUACUGUCACCACUGAUGUGGACCAAGACAUUGGGCUGGUGAAUUACCAGAUCAUCGUCCAGGGCAGUGACCACUUCCAAGUGGACGUGUCUCUUCUGGACGAGGAAGGCAAAGUCGUGGCCAAAGGGGCAGGAGCUGAGGGCCAGCUGCAGGUGCCCAGUGCCCACCUCUGGUGGCCGUACCUGAUGCAUGAGCACCCUGCCUACCUGUACUCGUUGGAGGUGAAGAUGAUGGCGCAGACGGCCAUGGGGCCCGUGUCUGACUUCUACACCCUCCCGGUGGGGAUCCGCACCGUGGCCGUCACCGAGAGCCAAUUCCUCAUCAAUGGGAAGCCGUUCUAUUUCCGAGGGGUCAACAAGCAUGAGGAUUCAGACAUCCGAGGGAAGGGCUUUGACUGGCCGCUGCUGGUGAAGGACUUCAACCUGCUUCGCUGGCUGGGUGCCAACGCCUUCCGCACCAGCCACUACCCCUACGCGGAGGAGGUGCUGCAGCUCUGUGACCGCUACGGGAUCGUGGUCAUCGACGAGAGCCCCGGCGUGGGCAUCGCGCUGGUGGAGAGCUUCAGCAACGUGUCUCUGCAGCACCACCUGGAGGUGAUGGAGGAAAUGAUCCGCAGGGACAAGAAUCACCCGGCCGUUGUAAUGUGGUCCGUGGCCAAUGAGCCUGCUUCCUUCCUGAAACCGGCUGGUUACUACUUCAAGACGCUGAUUGCCCACACUAAAGCCUUGGACCCCUCCCGGCCCGUGACCUUUGUGACCAACACCAACUAUGAAGCAGACCUGGGGGCGCCGUACGUGGACGUGAUCUGUGUGAACAGUUACUACUCCUGGUACCAUGACUAUGGGCACAUGGAAGUGAUUCAGCUGCAGUUGGCAACCCAGUUCGAGAACUGGUAUAAGGCCUACCAGAAGCCGAUGAUUCAGAGCGAGUACGGAGCAGAUGCCAUUGAAGGGUUUCACGAGGAUCCACCACUGAUGUUCAGUGAAGAGUAUCAGAAAGGCCUGCUCAAGCAGUAUCAUGUGGUUCUGGACCAAAAACGUAAAGAAUAUGUGGUUGGCGAGCUCAUCUGGAAUUUUGCUGAUUUCAUGACUAAUCAAUCACCAGUUCGGAUGAUCGGGAACAGGAAAGGGAUCUUCACUCGGCAGAGACAACCAAAGAGUGCAGCUUUCCUGUUGCGAGAAAGAUACUGGAAACUUGCCAAUGAAACCAGGUACCAGCGGUCAGCAGCAAUGUCACAGUGUGUGGGAAGCGGCCUAUUUACUGUUUAAAGCGAGAACUACCUCUCUGCAGACACUGGCUUGGCCAGCUCCUCCUCCCCAGGGAGGGGGGCUAUUUCCAUCGCACACAAAGCAAGUGUUUCCUGCACUGGGCAUGGCAGACCUGGAAGCUUCUCACCUGGAUUUUGUGGUCAUUUGCUAGAAGGGAACAUUAGAGGUGAAAAUAGACUUGUAGGGCCUUCCCUGGCAGUCCAGUGGUUAAGACUCAGCACUUCCAUUGCAGGGGGCCUGAGUUUGAUCCCUGGUUGAGAAACUAAGAUCCCACAUGUUCCGCAGCAUGGCCAAUAAUAAUAAUAAUAAUAAUGAAAAAGAAAAUAAAGGCUUUUGUCAUAUGAGCAUAAAGAGUUGGCUUAAAAGUGACCAUCCGUAAACUGAAUGAGCUAUACUGCUGAAAAGCAUCUGCCUUUGUUUUCGGUGUCUCAGCCUGUUUCCGUAGCCUUAACCAAGCACAGAGUCUUGGGCAACCUCUCCUCAGCACUCAUGCCCCAUUCAGAGUCGCGGCUUACAAACUGUGCUGCCACCAAACCAGCCCUGCUCCCGCGCUUUGGGCCAGCCUUGACUUGAGUGGGUGACAGUAGAGAACAGCUGCUAGGAACUCCAGAGAAGGGCUGAAGUUUCAGCGAAUUCCCAGAAAGUAGUAUCAGGCUGGAAGAAGAAGGCACAGGGUCUGUGAACCGGAGCUAAGCUGACGGAGAAGCAGAAGAAAGGUAAGAAUGGAGCCGUGUUGGAGCUGGAAGGGAGCUCAGAGGUUACCAGUGCUGCUGGGACGUUCUUCCAACCGCAGCCGUCGUCUUGUCUGGACUGAAAGGGAUAGAUGGCUGUAGAAGCCCACUGGACCAUCGCAACCGACUCCACUGUAGGUGGAGAUGUGGCCACUGAACGCACGGGCCGCAGACAGGAUAGGCUUCCGUACCUGGUACCGCCUCCUGCUCUGCUCCCGAGGACGGCCUUUCCUUAGGAAUCUAUCCUCCUGCCCCUCUUCCACAGGCUCCAUUAAGUAAGGGAUGUUAUUGUAAGAUUUCAGUGUUCA